CUGCUACGACCAUUCUAGUUUGUGCGUCACUCGCCUUCAUGAGAGAGGCGACAUCCUGCCGUCCGUGCUCGUGCUCGUGCUCAUCGAUGAGAUCGAGCGAGUCAGUGCUUGGCGGACGACUGGCGCUAACUGUUGGCGUCCUGUGGUGAAUGUUGGCAAACCCUUGCAGUAGCGAUAAUGGCAUUAAUGCUACGCAGACGACUGAGCUGACAUUCGUGUUUCACGCCUUCAUGUGCAGAAAUACAAGAACGUCUGGUCCAAGCAUCGAAACUUUUGCCAUUGUCCCAGUCAUUGCUGAGUCGCAUCGCAGCCCUUCUCCGCGAUGGCGAAGACGUACGAGCCCGAUGCAGCCAUUGAGCUCUACGACGAGGUUAACAUCGACUACGAGCAUGUAUAUGGAAACAAUCAGCUCAAGAUCCGAUGCAUCGACAAGAUCAUCUCCAUGCUUAGACCUGGCUCCUCGCAAGCUCUAGAUGUCGGCUGUGGUACCGGCGUUCCAAUUGCUCAAAUGCUUGCCAGAGCUGGACUGAAGGUCGUGGGCAUUGAUAUAUCACCCAAGAUGGUCAGUCUCGCAGCGGAGCGCGUCAAAGAAGGCUCUUUCAUCGUGGCAGACUUAGCUCACUGGGAGCCGGAUACACCAUUCGAUGCUGUUCUGGUCAUGUUCUGCCAUCUACAGAUGAAUUAUGCUACUGUGCAUGCUAUGUUCUACAAGUAUGCCUGUGCACUGAGCCCAAAUGGCCUUCUGGCAGUCGGACAAUGCCCGGCAGACUACUACAUCCAGACGAAAGCAGAGGCAGCGGCUUACGAUGAAACGAGAACGUACGCUGAGAGAUGCAAUAUACCGUUCUGGGGCAAACCUUCACAAGAUUUCGCGAUGUCUCUUGUAGGUCAACGAAGGUUCUUGGAGUCGAUGGGACUUGAAAUUGUGGACGAGGUUGUGGAUGUCUUCCGACCCAACAACCCUACCUUCGACCCAGAGUAUCAGCAGUAUAUCAUCGCGAGACGGCCGGGUGAGCGGCCAAUAUCAACUCCACAACCUCUGCCUAAAGAGGAACAAUCAUAGCUUUUAGCUUUCUCUAACACAAGAUGUUCCAGUGCCUUCGUCACUCUCGACACGCCUUCUCGCAAACGCCGAAC